AUGGCUUCAAAGGCCAAAUUUCGGCAACAUGUAAUAAGCAUAGCGAUAGGAGCAGGCUUUUCCGACGACGGAUGUCUGCACUCGUGUAGUCAGGCUUGUCUAGAAUUGGGAAGGGCCGAUGCGGACAGUUGGGAAUCUGUCGCCUGCAGGUGCACUCCGAGGCCCCGUUGCGAAUGGUACCAACCUGAUGAUGAUCCCUGCUGGCCGGGUUGUCGAAUCGGGCGUCGGCAUGACGGCAAAAGAUGGACCAUUAUUGACACAUUUCUUUAG